GCCCAAUAAAUAAAUAAAUAACCCAAAAAUAAAUUUUAAACAACAAAAAAACAAAAAAGAAAUCACCACAAAUAAAAAGCUCAGCUCACUAGAGAACUAAACCUCAAACAAGCAGAAAACGGAGAGAAACACAAACGAAACCCUAAAUAUCUCACCUUUUCCCUCUCCGAUCCAAAUCCUCAUCGGAUCCAAAUCCAAUGGGAGACGGCAACCCCCGAUCCGAGAUCUCCGGUGACUUCGGCGGCUACUUCGACGAAUUCACCUGGAACCUCCCGCUCGAAUCGGAUCGGAUCGGAUUCCCACAGCCACCACCAUUAGAUUUGACGGCGGAGGAGCAAUCUCGAUCGCCUCCGUCAGCUCCGCCGUCAGCAAGAUCGGGGGACGCCGUGUCGUCGAGCUCGAGCGAGGGAACCGAGGCGCCGCCGGAGAUGGAGGAGAAACCGCCGGAGACGGCGACCUCGUCGUCAACAUCAGCAACGAAUAAAGGUACAAAGAAGGGGCAGAAGAGGACUCGCCAACCAAGAGUUGCAUUCAUGACCAAGAGUGAAAUAGAUCAUCUUGAAGAUGGUUAUCGAUGGAGAAAGUAUGGACAGAAAGCCGUGAAAAACAGUCCGUUUCCAAGGAGCUAUUAUCGUUGCACAAACAGCAAAUGCACAGUGAAGAAGCGAGUAGAACGCUCCUCCGAUGAUCCCUCCGUUGUCAUCACCACCUAUGAAGGCCAGCACUGUCACCACACCGUAGCAUUCCCACGUGGGACCACCCUCGCUCCCGUCCACAACGCCCUCGCCAUGUCGGCACCACCUCGGCCUCAACUCUACUUCCCUCACUUACAAUUCACUCCUAACCAUUUCACUUCCUUCUCACUUCCACAAUCACCACUGGUAACUGAUCAGCAUCAACAGCAGAUGCAGGAGACAAUUACUUCUAUGUCCUUGCCCACAGGCACCACGGGUGAGGGUUUAUUGAGUGACAUAGUUCCUCCCUCCAUGAGAAAUAGAUAUAUAGAUGAGGUAUGCAUAUAUUGAACCCGUACUGUAUGUUAAUUAAGGCAUCAUUCUAAAUUAAGGAUUAGUACUGUUAAGCAAGUGAUUGUGAUGAUUAGGGGCAUGGCAGUGAAUUUUGAUUUAUUUUCGGCGGGAAUCAUAUCUGCAUGAGGAUUAUGAUGGAAAAGUUACUUGUUGCUAUGUGCAUAAAGAAACGAGGAAGUCUAGCACAAAGUAAGGCUCCUCCAAUAACAUCUGGGUUCAGCUGAAAUUUUCCCACCAAUUAAUAAUAGUUUAUACGUAUGCUUACUUUUUUAGGUACACAACUCAUUAUCGGUGUGUGGUCAUUAUAUAUAUGAUAAUGAAGCAGAUAGAUACACGCAUGUAAUAAAGUUGGAGAGAGAUGCAUGCAUGAAGACGGUCAGAGAUAUCAGUAGGAAACUUCCAUUAAAAAAACAGCGUGGGGAAUUUUUUUAAGUAUUGAGUUAAUUUCCUUAGUUUUAUUUUUUAUUUUUUAUUGUUUUGAUGGAUGAGCAUGCUGGUCUGUAGCUAGGUGUAUAAAAUAACUUCAAGGGCUUGCAUGCAUAUAGAGAUGAUAAAUACAUAAUAUUUCUAUAUGCUGUUAUCCUUGCACGUAUGUGUAAUUAACCUUAUAUUAAUUUGUCAUGCAGGAAAAUUUGUAAGCUAGAGAUGAAAGUUGAUUAUGGAGGUGGAUAUUUAUUAAGUUGAUAUAUUCUUAUUAAUGGGUAUCAUGCUGAUGAGUUCUGGCUAAGGUUUUGAGGCCUAUACUCUAUUGAUUAUACUGAGGCUUUGAGGCUCACUUCCGCGUGUGCUAACAUCGUUUGUAAAUUCUAGCUCUAGACUCGACACACUUCUCAUUUCGUAGGACUUGGUUUUUAUAGAGCGAGGAGAUAGCUACCUCCUCUGCUCGAGUAAGUAAAACCCUAGUUUUUACAGCCAUAUGAAUGAUGUAAGAUAUGUACGCGGGUGAGUUUUAGUACUUAUCCUGUACCAUAGUAUUUGCUUUUGGCACCGAAACCGAGGCUUUGUCCUCGUUCUCAUGGAGAAAGUAAGUGCCUAAUCAUGGCUGUUUACUUAUUAUGUAUCAAUGUCAUCCUUGUUCUGUUCUGCUCAACGGCUAGCUGUAAUUUUUUUAGUUAAAAGAACGGUGUAAAUUCCUAAUACUACUAUUAAUUAGUAGUUUUUUUUUUUAUGUGCAUGAACAUUGUACUUCUCAUGCUAAUUGCUAAUAUUGUUUUGGACCGGUCUCUUCGGGGGCGAAAAUGAUGAGAACUUUAAUGAUAGGUGUUUAUUUUUUUUACUUUGUAUAAUUAAUAAACUGGUUUGCAUAGUCUUUCUUAAUUACAAAGAUAAAUAGUCAGAACUAGCAUACACUCCACUAAAUUUCUGUGAUUUUAUAGUAAAGAAAAGGUAUGACAUGCCAUUAACUUUGAUAACUUGUAUGAGUCAAACGUGAGUGAGUAUAUAAGUCAAAACUGUUUAAAUCUAAUUACCUCGGCGAUGUUGUUAACGAAAAUAGAAGAAAGUUUUUUUUGUUUUAUUCAAAAGAGCAAUGUGCAUGUAUUCACUAAGUCUUGUGUUUAUUCUCUCCGCUAACAGUUUUAACCCCCCGGGACGAUUUCAACCAGUCUGCGCGGGUCAUGUUUGCAACGGUGACGAAUCUCUCUAGUACACGAAACAUGAGGUUGUCACGUAGACGAGGCAAGGGAAGCGAAAUCAAAAUGAGCUAAUGAUGAUGUCGGAAGCGAGAGACAUCGACAAAGGAGCAACUCACCCAAGAGGCCAAUUGGUACCCGAUGGUCGGUGGACUCGUACCCACGAGCGCAACCAUGUUAGGGGGCUGGGGCUAGGUCCCAUCCAAACAGCGCCUGAUGCUCAAAUCGACGGUUUACAAUGCGAUUGAGUUUGAUCGAUGGCAUGCGUUUGUGUUAGCGCACGUAUCGGCGG